AUGGUGGCCAAGGAGGUGGGUUCGUUGAUUCAAGACCUCAGACUGGCCAUGGAGGCUGGGGAUCUGGUGGUUCAGACCACAGAUCUGAUUUGGGUGGUGCUGAUACACAGGGUAAACAAAAGGGACGGCAUGAACGCAGAUCUAUGGACUGGCAGCAGCAAUGGGGGCAGAAUCACCAAGGAUUCAAAGCGCAGCGCCGCCCUCGAGCCGUUGGUCUGCGCCGCGCAGCGCCACCCGCGUGCGCACUGCCCCGGUCAGCAGCCACUUCUGCUCGGCCGCCGUCCAGACCGCCGCCCGUUCGGUCGCGCCCCUCGGCACCGUCCCGGCGCGCUGAGCCGCCCGGCCUCCUCCCGUGCGCCGCUGGUGUGCGCACGUUCUCCGGCCGCCACCGUCUUCCCCGGCCCUUCUUCCUCCUUCCCCGCACACCGCCCUCUGUGCCGCGCCGCUCGCACAAGCGCCUCCGCGCCGCCGCUCAGCCCGCGCCGCGUCGGGCCGUCGUGCGUGCCGUGCCCGGCCUCCUCUCUCCGGCCCCGCCACCCGGAGUCGCCUUCACAAGCACCCUCGGCUCACCCCUCUUCGGCUCCUCCUUCUCUUCGGUCGCCGCCCCCGCGCGCCUUCGCUGGCCCACAGCGCUGGCCCGUGCCGCGCCUCCCUCCGCCGGCCACCACCAUCCGGCCGCCCCUCACUCCACCUCUCACUGUGCCACACGGGCAGAGGCCGGUGAACCCUCUCUCUCUCGUGCCCUCUCUGCCUCCACUCCAGCGCCCCCGGCCACCUCCACGGCCGCUCGCCAGCCGCCCCGCCCGGCCGGCCACCUCCCUUCUCGCCGCCCUCUCCCCCCCUCUCUCUUCCCGCUGUGAGUCUCGCGCCCGCACAGGAGAAGCCCGGCCGGCCUUAUCCACUGCUCAGGCUAGCGUGUCCACCGGCCUUGGUCCGUGGUGGACCGGUCACUGGUGCUCCCCUUUGGUCCACAGCCGAUGCACUGAGUCCACACGAAUCUGGUUCACGACUCGAAGUCAAGGUUCUAAGAAAGAACGCGAGAAAGAAACUGAAGGGAAGAUCCAAUGAUGAAGAAGAACCCCGGGAAACUCAAGAGACAAGACCAAUCUUGAAUUAACCCUUCAAGAAGGAAAUGCUGGAGACCGUUCAUAUCAGCCGAGAUCUUUCUGCAAAUCAGUGGUGAUUGCUAGGGAUGCAAAUGGUUAUUCAAUAGGUAAUUCUGGGUUAGCACUUAGUUCAUUUUUUGCUUAACUUAAUUGGGUGGAGUGAAUCUUUAGUUAAAUUUUUUUAGUUUUGGAUCGAUUCAAUAACCCAAAAAAUACAAAACUUACAUCCGUAAUUGCUCAAGAAUUGGUACCCGCUUAAAUGGCACUUAAUACAGUUCGAAGUUCUGUUUU